UAUAAAUAUUCUAUGCAUUAGUAUCACAAACUGUGACAAAAAUCAAAACUCGAUAUUUUCGAAAAAUCAAACCAACAGCAGUGUGCCAGUGUUCGUAGUGUUCCGGUUCUCCAAAAGUUUAACGACAAUCGACGCAAAAAUCGGGUGGACAUUUUUUUUUCUUAACGCACCACACAAAUUAGUAUGAAUGAUCGAUUAUGAAAAUUUUUUUAAAGCUAUUAUUAUACAAUCUGUUUACUCUGGUGUUGUCGCGAAAACGGAAGAGACUGAAGAAAGUGUGAGACCGCAAGUAUUCACAUUCAGUUCCUAAAACCACUCGAAUCCGUCGAAUUUGUUUCGCGCCCCCCCGAUACCGAAAACAAGUACAACCCCGCGUUAUUUAAUUUAUUAACUAGUUUUUAAGUGUUGAUAUUGAACUGAGGACUGUUUUUUGAACGUGACCAACUCGAGACAGACAUGCAGCAGUAACAUUAACCCGUAGAAAUUUUCGUUUUACGUCAGCGGAUCGUCUAUAAAUAUAACCAAAAAUGAACGGAAACGCGAAAAACGGCAAUUACAACAACGUCAACUAUUCUCAUGUGCUGGACCAGGAGAACGGUAACGUGGUGCAGAAAAAGAAGAAAGGACUGUUCGGUGCCAGACACUUCGUGACAUUCAUGUUGUUCCUCGGUAUGGCCAAUGCGUACAUAAUGCGAACCAACAUGUCGGUCGCCAUAGUCGCGAUGGUCAAUCAUACCGCGGUCAACGAGAAACACAGCGGCAACUCCAGUGAAUCAGAUCCCAUCGAUCUUGAGUGCGGGGCUGUCACCACAACGACUGAUAAGAACGAGCCAGACGGCGAGUUCGUGUGGGACACGGACGUGCAGGGUUACGUGCUGAGCUCGUUCUUCUACGGCUACGUAAUCACCCAGAUCCCAUUCGGCAUCCUGGCCAAGAAGUACGGUAACAUCUACUUCCUGGGCAUUGGUAUGCUAAUAAACUCGGUAUUCGGCCUUUUGGUGCCGGUGGCGGCCCAGUGGGGCAUCUAUUGGCUCGUAGCCGUCAGGUUUAUUCAGGGCCUUGGCGAGGGUCCUAUUGUCCCAUGUACACACGCACUUCUGGCUAAGUGGAUUCCCCCUAAUGAGAGAAGCAGAUUGGGUGCUUUCGUAUAUGCAGGUGCCCAAUUCGGAACCGUCAUAUCGAUGCCGCUGAGUGGACUCUUGUCUAUUUCCGCCGGAGGCUGGCCGUCCAUUUUUUACGUCUUCGGAGCCGUCGGUACCGUCUGGUGCAUCGCCUUCCUGUUCUUGGUCUACGAAGAUCCGCAGACUUGCAAGAAAAUCACCCUGGAAGAACGGAAAUACAUCCAAAACUCCUUGGGUGCCAUCAUCGGACACAACAUUCCUCCGAUUCCAUGGAUGGCAAUUCUGAAGUCGAUGCCGUUCUGGGCCAUUCUGAUAGCACACAUGGGCCACAAUUACGGCUACGAAACCUUGAUGACCGAAUUGCCUACGUACAUGAAACAAGUCCUCCAUUUCAGUAUUAAAGAUAAUGGAUUUUUAUCUGCUUUACCAUAUCUUGCUAUGUGGCUAUUUUCAAUAUUCAUUAGCCACGUUGCUGAUUGGAUGUUAACCAAACCGUACUUUACCCACACCAUCGUAAGAAAAAUCAUUAACGGAAUUGGUCAGUAUGGACCGGCCAUUGCUUUGGUGGCCGCCUCCUUCACAGGCUGUGACAGAUGGUUGACCGUCGCCCUGGUGACGAUCGGAGUUGGUCUCAACGGUGGUAUUUACUCAGGCUUCAAAGUCAACCAUUUGGAUAUUUCUCCUCAAUAUGCUGGCAUUCUGAUGUCAAUCACUAAUUGUCUGGCCAAUUUGGCUGGACUUUUGGCCCCCAUCUAUGCUGGAUACAUAGUUAAAGGCGGCGCCACAAUUGCGAAGUGGAGGGUGGUAUUUAUAACGGCGGCGGGUGUGUACGCCGCUUGUUGUACGUUCUACGUUUUCUUCUCAUCGGGACAAAGGCAGUCGUUCGACAAACCGGCAGAAGAGGAGAAGGCUAGAGAAACCGAAGAACCCACUAUCGUAACCACGCAAACAUGAUUGAGCUUGUUUGUUAGUGUUUGGUGAUAAUUAUAUUAGAGUGCGGUGAAGACAGUCGUUUACCUGUCUGAAAUUAAUAUACAUGUAAAUAGAAUUCUAGUACUAAGUAUCUUUUACAGUAAAUAAAUGAUAGAAGUAUGUACAUAUUUUUAUAAAAGUAUGUUUUUUUCUUAAAUUAUUAUGAUCAAUACAAAUUUUUACAAAA